AUGGCCUGGCCCUGCAUCAGCCGGGUGUGCUGCCUGGCGCGCUUCUGGAGCCAGCUGGACAAGUCGGACCUCUCCGUGCCGCUUACCAUCCACAACUACUCGGCCAUCGACGAGCCCGAGGAGGCGGCCGGGGGGCCCGAGAGCGGCGGCGCUUCCCCCCCGCCCCGGGGCUGCCGCCGCCCGCCCGCCGCCCCCCGCCCGCGGGCCGCCCCCGGGCAGCCGGGGGGCCGCAGGAAGGGCCCUGCCGGGGAGCCCCCGGCGGCGGAGACGCAGUACCGCCGGGACUUCCGAGCCUGGCCGCUCCCGCGGCGGGCACCCUUCCCCUGGGGCGGCGGCCGGGCCGGGGCCGAGCCCCCCGCCGUGCCCGCGGCCGCCCCGAGCCGCGCCGCCUGCCCCCUGCCCGGCCCCGGCGGCCCCGAGCAGCUCCGGCCCCGCUCGCCGCCGGCCGGCGGCCACACCACGUCCUACAGGCAAGAGUAUCGCCCUUGGACUGGAGCAAAACCAUCCAAGCCUAUAAAGACAAAGCAAGGCUUCAUUAUCCCAGAAGACCAUUUUGUUCAAGAGACAAGUUACAAGGCAGAUUUUAAGCAAAUCCCAGAGGUGAAGACCAGGUUCUCCCCCAAUCCUUCUGCUGUUUUCCAGGCACCAUCACGGAUCCUCAACGUAUGA